AUGGAGGACCCGGAAAAGGCCUUGUGCUCAGAGCGCACUCUCCACGAAAACGAUUUGAACUCGCCUCACGACCUCAUCGAAGCAAUCCAGACCAGAGAUGCCGACGGAAACGUGCUCACCAAACACCCAACAUCCGGUAGUCUGGCCAAGGCAACACUCGCAAAGAGCCUCACUCUGGUCCGGACCAGAGAUUCUGGCCGCGACCCCGGGCCACCUCCCGAUGGCGGUUUCACGGCUUGGUUGCAGGUUGGCCUAGCGCAUUUGGUGAUUUGCAACACGUGGGGAUAUAUCAAUGCCUUUGGUGUGUUCCAGACGUACUAUACCGAGCAGCUACACCAUUCGCAGUCCGAUAUCUCGUGGAUCGGGAGCGUGCAAACUUUCCUCGUGUUUUUCAUCGGAACUUUUUCUGGUCGUGCCACCGAUGCCGGAUACUUCAAGUUCAUCUGGACCGUGGGAGCAGUCAUAGAGGUUGUUAGCAUCUUCCUGACCUCGCUCUGCACCAAAUACUACCAAAUAUUCCUCGCCCAGGGCAUCCUGCAGGGCAUCGGCUGCGGACUCAUGUUCUGCCCGACCCUCUCCCUCCUCCCAACAUACUUUGACCGUCGGCGCGCUCUCGCCAUGGGCACCGUGGCUGCCGGCUCGGCCGUGGGCGGACUGAUAUUUCCGGGUAUCGUCAACUCGCUUCUCCCCAAGAUCGGCUAUGCAUGGACGAUGCGUGUGCUGGGGUUUUUCACGCUCGCCACUUUACUUCCCAGUGCGUUUUUUCUCCGACAAAGACUGCCUCCGCGCCAGAGCGGACCCAUCUUAGAACUAGCCGCUUUCAAGGAAAUCCCCUACACCUGUUUUGCAGUAGGCAUGUUCCUCAUCCUUUGGGGGUUGUACGUAGGCUUCUUUUACGUUAGCACGUUUGCGCGCAAUGCCCUGCACGCCUCGCUCUCCACAUCGACCGAUAUCAUCAUGGUCAUGAGCGCCGUCGGCACCGCCGCACGCAUCAUCCCAGGCCUGAUAUCCGACCGCUGGACCGGUCCGCUCAACCUGCUCAUACCGUUUUGCCUCGCAACCGCCAUCACCGCAUACGGCUGGGCCGGCGUCGUGAAUGUCCCCGGGCUAAUCGGCUUCUCCAUCAUCUACGGCAUCACCUCUGCGGGUGUUCAAGGGAUUUUUCCCGUCGCGCUGAGCUCGCUGACAACCGACCUGAAAAAGAUCGGCGUGCGCAUGGGCAUGGUGCUGACCAUUGUCAGCUUUGCGGCCUUGACGGGGAGUCCCAUAGCGGGCGCGCUCGUGCAGGCGGACAAUGGCGGGUUUUUGUAUAUGCAGAUGUUUAUGGGGAGUUCGAUUCUGCUGGGCACGGUUUUGGUGGGUUUGGCGAGGUUCACUACCACUGCAUAUUUUUUUGCUGAAUACUUCCACUACUCCGUUAAAAAGUCUGACAAUAUGGCGCCUCGAGGCCGUGGUGGAAAGUUUUCAAAACCUACCAGAGGAGGUGGAAAACACUUUAGUCGAGACGUGCAACCCGUCGACAAAGAUGGCAAUGCAGUAGGCAUGUGGCGGGACCCCGACGACGUCCCCUCCGACGAAGACUCCGACGACUCUGAUGAAGACUCCUCCGAAGAAUCCUCCUCCGACAACAACAACCAAGCCGGCCCAUCGAGCAGCGGCGCCGCUGCCGAAGAACUCACGCGCGAGCAACGCAAAGCAGCCGCCAAAGCACGCAAGGAAGCAGCGAUCAGAAAACGCAACCAAACAGCCGCGCAGCCAGGCGACAUGCCAUCAUCAGACGAUGAUGACGAAGACGACGACGACGAAGAAGAAGGCGAAGAGGGUCUGCCUGCUAACCCGAACCACACGUCCAAAUCGCGCUCGCAAGCCGCUGCUGCUACCAUACCCAGACCUGCAGACGAAGCGGCCAACGGAGGGGGAGCAGCAGCAGCAAGUAAAAAAAGCGGCUCAGAACAGCUAACCCGCCGUGAGCGCGAGGCCCUCGAGGCCCAGCAGGCGCGCGAGCGGUAUAUGAAACUGCACAUGGAAGGCAAAACCGACGAGGCGCGCGCCGAUCUCGAGCGGUUGCGGCUGGUGCGCGAGCGUCGUGAGGCGGAAAAGGCGCGGCGCGAUGCGGAGCGUGAAGAGAAAGACGCCCAGAGCAAGGAGCGGCAGCAGCAGUAUGAAGAGCGCGAGAAGAAGGCGCGUGAGGCGGCGUUGGGGAAGUCUGCUAAAGCUAAGAAGGGGGCUAAGAAGUGA